AUGACCCAAGGCAUCAAAGACAACUACACCUCCCCACCACCACAAUACCCACCCCAAGCCUACCCCCCGCAAGGCUACCCGCCUCAGCCCGGCUACAACACCUACCCCCCUACCACCCAGGGCUACCCACCACAGCAGCAGCAGGGCUACUACCCACCACAGCAAGAGGAAUACUACACGCCGCCCCAGCAGCAGCAGCAGCAGGGAUAUCCGCAGCAGCCGAUGGUCUACCAGAUGCCGCCGCCGCCGCCCGGCGCGCAGAAGUCGGAUAGUGGCUUGGGGGCGAUGUUGGCGGCGUUUUGUGGCGCGUUGGCGUGUUGUUGCUGUUUGGAUGCGAUUUUUUAG